AGAAGCGAGAGUAAAAUGUGUGUGCAUCGGAUGCUGCUGAUCACGGUGCUGGUGGUGGAGGGGAUCGCCGUGGCCCAGAAGCCCCCAGAUGGACAGAACGUCGGGGUCAGGCACGUGGCUGGCACCCAGUGCGGCAUCUGGGUUCGAACCAGCAAUGGAGGCCACUUCGCUUCACCGAGUUACCCAGACCCGUACCCGCCCAACAAGGAGUGCAUCUACGUUUUGGAAGCGGCGCCCCGGCAAAGAAUCGAGCUGACCUUCGACGAGCACUUCUACAUCGAGCCCUCGUUCGAAUGUCGCUUUGACCACCUGGAGGUUCGCGACGGGCCCUUCGGCUUCUCUCCGCUCAUCGAGCGGUUCUGCGGCGUGAAGAGCCCUCCGCUGAUCAGAUCCACAGGGCGCUUCAUGUGGGUCAAGUUCAGUUCCGACGAAGAACUGGAAGGAAUGGGAUUCCGAGCAAAGUACUCGUUUAUUCCAGAUCCAGACUUUACUUACCUCGGAGGUAUUUUAAGCCCCAUCCCAGACUGCCAGUUCGAGCUCUCGGGGGCCGACGGCGUCGUGCGGUCCAGCCAGGUGGAGCAGGAGGAGAAGACGAAGCCCGGCCAGGCGGUGGACUGCAUCUGGACCAUCAGGGCCACCCCGAGGGCCAAGGUACGGCUGCGUGCGAGGCACGCGGGGAGGCCGUAAGGGCGACUCCUGUGAGGCGCAGUUUGGGUUUGUGCAAGUACUUACUGAUUAUAUAAACCAAUUACAACUUUAUUUUGGUUCCCUUAUGACAGUGGUUCUCAACCUUCUGGCCC